AUGAGUUCAGCUCCUGAGUCAAAUCUCAGCCGUGCGGCACGCUACGCCGUGCCAUUCGCCCUACUUCUCAUCCCCGUUUGGAGGACCAAGGUCAAUGCCGAAGUCCCCGAGCCAUACCUCGAUGAAGUAUUCCACAUCCCCCAGGCCCAGGCCUACUGGGCGCACCAAUGGACGCAUUGGGAUCCGAAAUUGACCACUCCCCCGGGCUUAUACCUGUGGUCAUAUGCCCUCUGCGCUAUCCUGCUUGCGCUCCGCGGCUCGCCGACGAAACUCGAUACCGAAGCUCUGCGCACGACCAAUGUUGCAACGACGGGUAUCUUCCUCCCUUGGAGACUGCAGACUCUCUCGGAUGCGGUUCAUAAAGUCCGGAAUACUCGGCCAUUGGGUGCGUGGCUCAGCCACACGGUCUUGAACAUUUGCCUGUUCCCUCCGCUGUUCUUCUUCUCUGGUUUGUACUAUACCGACAUCCUGGCAUUGUUGGCAGUCGUCGAGGCAUACAAUUGGGAUCUGAAGCGGGCCUCUGGAGAUGGGUAUACCUUUUUUUCUACUUUGGGAUUCCUGGUGUUUGGCUUGGCGGCGUUGGUGUGCCGGCAAACGAACAUCUUUUGGGUCUCUGUUUUCUUGGGAGGGCUGCAGGUUGUUCGAAAGAUACGGAAAUCUGCGAAGGCAUGUAAAUCGUCCGAUCUCUCUGCCAUUCUGAAGUCUGGGCUUCAGAAUGAGAUUUAUGACCCUCUCGUCUCCGAGGCUUCCUUGCAAGAUUAUUUUAAGACGGCUAUCUCACUUGCAAUUACGAGUUUGACGCAUCCCUUCUCAAUUGUGGCAUCCGUCAUCCCUCACAUCAUUAUCCUCGGUGCAUUCGGUGCGUUUGUAUUGUGGAAUGAUGGUGUAGUUCUUGGCCACAAGGAAUUCCAUACCGCUGGCAUUCACCUAGCACAGAUGCUUUACAUCUGGCCUUACUUUGCAUUCUUCUCCUGGCCGCUCCUGGUCAUUCCCGUGCUGAAUGUUCUUCUCCCUAAGAAUUUCCUGCCCAAGUACCUGAACUAUGGCUUCCCCGACACACAACGGAGACUGCCCAGCAUUGUUGCAGCUUUGAUCGUUGUACCAGUCAUGCUUGCUAUUGUCCAUUUCAACACCAUUGUGCAUCCUUUCACUCUGGCUGACAACCGACACUAUGUCUUCUAUAUUUUCCGUCUUCUCCUUGGUGUUCAUCCUGCUAUCAAGUACGCUGCAGUUGCGGCAUACUUCCUCUGUGGCUGGGCAGUGAUCUCGGCAUUUGGGUUCUCAGUCAUUCCGGCCCCGCCCCGUCUCCUUCAAAUCUCCCCCACUGCCAAGUCAGCAGCUCCUGCGCCUAAGGUCCCUGCAAAGGAACAGCCCAAGGAAACUAGAAAGUCGGCUAGGGCGCGCAAGACUCCAGCCAAGAAGGAGAGCACGCAACCCAAGCAACCCGAUCCCAUCACUCCGGAAGUGCUCGCCCGGAUUCAACAGUCUCUAAUCCAGCGGCAGAAGCAACAACCCGACUUGCCGCGGGUCAGCUUCGUCCUUGUAUGGCUUGCUGCUACAGCCUUGUCUCUCGUGACAGCACCUCUGGUUGAGCCGCGGUACUUUAUCAUUCCGUGGGUGAUGUGGCGUCUUCACCUACCGCCAUCGUCAACUCUUGCGGCGUUCCGACGACAGAAACCCCAGACUGAAGAAGAGAGGGCUCGUGCUGAUUUUGUGACAAACUUCCCCAAGUUCUUGGAGACUGUGUGGUUCAUCGUCAUUAAUGCGGUGACUGGGUAUGUCUUCUUAUAUAAGGGCUUUGAAUGGCCCCAGGAACCUGGCAAGGUUCAGCGCUUUAUGUGGUGA